AUUGCGAAUCAGUGUUCAAUUUGUGCGUGUGUGUGUGUGCAAGGCAGGGGAAAAGUCGCUCCAUUUUUCUCGUGCUAUCUUGCGAAUGCUUGGCUUUUGCAAAACAAUUUAAUGGAGAGUCGCAUAAAUGUGUUUGAAAUAGUGUUUGCUCAAGAGUAACGAAAGCAAAAGCAGCAAACACAAAAGCGAGCAAAACCACGCCACAAAAUACAUUUGUAUAAAAAUCGCAAUCCGACUGCAGAAAUUGAAAAAGCGCUAGUGUGUGUGUGCGCGUGUAAAUGUAUUUGUGCGCGCGUGUGUGUGUGUGAGCAAUGAAAAAUGAGGCGUAGGUGAGAAAUAUGUGUGCAAAAUUGUCGAAAAGCAGCAGGGUCGGCCUUAAGGUGUAACAGUAACAAAACAGGCAACAGUGUUGCUGCAGCCUCGAGACAAAAAAGGCAGCACACCAAUUGCAUUCAUUCAACGUGCGCGCGCCAAAUACAAAUACGAGCAGCUGAUUUUGAUGACCGGUUAAAUUGUAUUUGACUACACGAUCCAACGAUCCACAAAUAAUAAUAAUAACAAUAAUCAUUCGAAAUAGAAGAAUUGUUGUUUGCUGCUCUGCGUGUGUGUGUGUGAAUGUGUGUCACAUUGGCGUAACAUUAGCCAAAUACGUCAAAUCAUACUUUACGAAAAUUGUUUGAAAUUUUGUGGGGGAAAAAUGUGCAAAAGUGUGUUUGUUAAAUUGUUAGCCAAAAUUAUUUGUUUACCUAGUACUAAAUAGAACAUAACUGCCUUUCUUCAUCCAACAAUAUUACAAUAAACAACAAUAAUAAUAUUUCGACAGACCGGACAAGCAAAACCAGCGCACAAGUUACAACAAAUAUAACUACUCUGAAACAAAAACAGUACCAAGGGAAAUGCUCAAAUUAAAUACUUAAAUGACAAGCGACAGCAGUAGCACAUUAAACACCAAUAUCUACACCAACAACAACAAAAACAGCAACAUCAAUAAUAAUAACAAUAACAAAAUCCACAACAACAAUCAAACACAAAGUGUAACCACUGUUAGUUAACAGCAGCCUAACAGACAAGUAGUGCAGAGGAGAGGCGGAGCAGAGGAGUGCAACAGUGGAAGCUGCUUGGCGUAUGCAUUGUGGACGCAUGCGUGACGCAGCAGUCGCGGACGUUAAGUGAGUGUGUGUGUGUGUGUGCGAGUGUGUGUGUGUGUGUGUGAGUGCGCGCGUGAGUGUGUGUGUGUGUAGCAGCAACAACAACAAAAAAGUAAAGUCCCACACACACAUUCAACAGUUUGUGAAGCAGCAGAGCAGCUAAAUUUCGCAUUUCAACUUCGACAACGUUUUUCGGAUUCGGAUCAAUCUUAUCAACAACCAACUAUAGCCGUUGCUAUUACUUUCAUUUAUUAUCUUUCAAAAUUCUGUGGAAAGUGAUUGCGUUUUUCACUCAAAAUUCGAGAGAGCCUGCCGAAUAUUUCUCACUAACCAGUAUCAGCAACAACAACAACAUGCAACGACGCGAGCGGCAAGCUAGUGGUGGUGGUCCACAGACGACAACUGCCGGGCCAUCCGCUGGUAAUGUGGCAAAUGCUACCAUUGGUAAAAGCACAAGCAAUAACAUGUAUACCACCCGCCAAUCUGUAAGCACCACAACCGGUGUCCUUAUGGUCGGACCAAAUUUUCGUGUUGGCAAAAAAAUUGGCUGUGGCAACUUUGGCGAAUUGCGCUUAGGAAAAAAUCUUUACAACAAUGAACAUGUAGCAAUAAAAAUGGAGCCGAUGAAGUCAAAGGCUCCGCAACUACACUUAGAGUAUAGGUUUUAUAAGCUAUUAGGAUCACAUGCAGAGGGUGUACCAGAAGUGUAUUACUUCGGCCCAUGCGGCAAGUACAAUGCUCUUGUUAUGGAAUUGCUUGGCCCAUCACUCGAAGAUUUGUUCGAUAUUUGCGGCAGACGUUUCACUUUGAAGAGCGUACUACUGAUAGCUAUACAAUUACUCCACCGGAUCGAAUAUGUUCAUAGUCGGCACUUAAUAUAUAGGGAUGUGAAACCAGAGAACUUUCUCAUUGGCAGAACAUCAACAAAACGUGAAAAAAUUAUACACAUAAUUGAUUUCGGUUUGGCCAAAGAAUACAUUGAUUUAGAUACAAAUAGACAUAUACCAUAUCGGGAGCAUAAAUCGCUGACAGGCACCGCUCGCUAUAUGUCAAUCAAUACGCAUAUGGGACGCGAGCAGUCGAGACGUGAUGAUCUGGAGGCACUGGGUCAUAUGUUUAUGUACUUCUUAAGAGGUUCACUGCCCUGGCAAGGCCUUAAGGCUGAUACACUCAAAGAGAGAUAUCAAAAAAUCGGUGAUACAAAACGUGCAACGCCCAUUGAGGUACUUUGUGACAGCCACCCCGAAGAGUUUGCAACAUAUUUGCGUUAUGUGCGGCGGUUAGAUUUUUUCGAAACACCCGACUAUGAUUUUCUGCGAAGACUGUUUCAAGACUUAUUCGAACGUAAGGGCUACACCGACGAGGGCGAGUUCGACUGGACAGGGAAGACAAUGUCAACGCCCGUCGGAUCUCUGCAAACUGGCCAUGAAGUCAUCAUUUCACCAAAUAAAGAUCGUCAUAAUGUUACGGCUAAGGUUGUGAGUUCGACAAAUGGCGAACUGAAUGCGGACGAUCCCACGGCCGGACACUCCAACACACCCAUCACACAGCAGCCCGAAGUAGAGCUUGUCGACGAAACAAAUGGUUCCUUAUAUUCCAGAUGUUGUUGUUUCUUUAAACGAAAGAAGAAGAAAUCAACGCGCCAAAAAUGACUAGAAGGUGUACAAUGUAGUCCAGAACGCGAGGCAGUCACAUUGCUGCGCGCCACUUCACAUUCAAACUCACGGGAUAGCGUAUUGAAUAAUCCGAGUCAGGAUUACAUACAACAAGCAACGUCGCAGCACACGUUGCGUUAUCCUCCAUCCGCGUCGAUGUUGACGCCAACACCAACUACAAAUACACCGACACUUCCGUUGUAAUUUAUAUAUAUAAAUACAGAAACCGCAAACAGAAAACAGCAAACAGAAAACAGAAAAUAGUUAAAACAAAAAAAUCAACAAAAAAUUAUACAAAACAAAUAAAAAAAAAAAAA